AUGCGCGGACAGCUGGAGUUGACGCCGACGUAUGCGGCGCAGCUGGACGGGAAGAUCCUGCCCAUGGCGCACGCCGUGGGGGACGUGGACGGCGACGGCGCCACGGAGCUGCUCUUCGGCUCUAUCCUGGGCAAGGUCUCGGUCUUCAAGAUUGAGGGGGACCGACUCGUGCAGUGGCGAAGCUGCGAGGUGAACGGAUCCGUGACGUCCAUUUGUCUGGACGACUCGUUCGUAGUAGGCGACACUCGAGUUAUUGUGGCGACGGCGGAGGGGAAAUGCUCCGUGUUCCGCUCGGUGGAGGGCGCUGACGUGCUGCAGCUGUGCUCGGAGUUUAAUGUGGCCCUCAAUAUCUGCGACGUCAUUCACUUUGGGGACGAGCUCGUCGCUGCGACGCGCGAUGGGCGAGUGUACGUCUACAAGCCUAAUGUUGACCAUGGAGACCCCGACGAGCUGGCAGAGUACUCGCAGGUUGCUCAGAUGGAGAUCAAUGACGAGAUCGAGACGCUGCUGGUGCUGCACUCCACCCAAUCGAAUCCGGACGCUGCGCCUCAGCUCUUGGCUCGGUGCUUCUCGGGAGAGGUGUUUUGUAUCCGUGGACCGAGCGCGGAAGAACCUGCUGACAAGCGAGAGAUCACACCUUGGAAUGGCCCUCCUCAUGACAGGGACGGCAUCACUUUUGUGGUCGGCGAUAUCGAGCUGGGCGGCGAGCGAGGCAUGAUUGCCCUUGUGUCUAUGACUGGCCUGGUGUCGCUGUUCUCGUCGUCCGGAGAGAGACAAUGGGAUUUUCAGUUGCCAGAGGCGGUGGUGAAUGCCGACAGGCUCGAGAUGACUGCACCGGGAGGAGACCGUCAGGACGCGAUUGUGGUCUGCACUUGGAGUGGGCAGAUCUACGCUAUCCAAAGUGAGCGAAGACUUGUGCGCUUCCGAAUGCUGCUACCCGGCUGCUCGUUGGUUUGCGUGGGCAUCCGUGAGUCGCCGACCCAGGUUGACCCCACCAUCGUCAGCAUCAGCACUUCUGGAGCAUUCUUUGUCUUCCGAGACGUGCAGGAAACACUCAUCCGCGGUCUGCGGGACUCCACUCUGGCGGAUAAAGUGAGGGAGAGCGCAGUGUUUGCUCAGAUGGACACACCGGAGAAGCGCGAGUCGAUCAUGAAGAAGCUCCGUGACGCGUUCCCCGGAUCCGUGGCGUCCACCACAGCAACAACGCCGACCAUGGAGGAGCUUAUUGGUGCAAUGCUGGCCGUCCCCGUGCAGCCAUAA